UCGGAUAGGAAUGAUUGCUCCGUUUGUUUCUUGGAAAAUUAAAGGAACUUGUAAGGAAGGGUCCUUAACUGUCUAUUUCCAUUGUCCCUCAAUUGGAUAUAACCAUGAAAACGCUUGGCUAAAGAGAGAGAGAGAGAGAGAGAGAGAGAAGAGAAAAAAUGAUAACAUGCUGAUAAGGAGACACAGAAGGUGUAUUUGAAUGUUCCUUACGAUGUUACGGUUUAUUUGUUAAGACCUUCUGUGACUGAAAGGCUUGCCUUUGUAUCUUGCUAUGGAUACUUUUCUUUUCACUUCUGAGUCGGUUAAUGAAGGGCAUCCUGACAAGCUAUGCGAUCAAGUCUCUGAUGCCAUUUUAGAUGCUUGUUUGGAGCAAGAUCCUGAAAGUAAGGUUGCCUGUGAAACUUGCACUAAGACAAACAUGGUAAUGGUUUUUGGAGAGGUUACUACCAGCGCAAAGGUGGAUUAUGAGAAAAUUGUUCGCGAUACUUGUAGAGGCAUCGGUUUUGUUUCAGCUGAUGUUGGCCUUGAUGCUGAUAAUUGUAAAGUUCUUGUCAAUAUUGAGCAACAGAGUCCUGAUAUUGCUCAGGGCGUCCAUGGUCACCUUACCAAGAAACCUGAAGAAAUUGGGGCUGGUGACCAAGGUCAUAUGUUUGGAUAUGCCACAGAUGAGACUCCUGAGCUUAUGCCAUUGACACAUGUACUUGCAACCAAGCUUGGAGCUAGGCUCACUGAGGUGAGGAAGAACAAAGCAUGUCCGUGGCUAAGGCCUGAUGGUAAGACUCAAGUGACUGUUGAAUACCGAAAUGAAGGCGAUGUUAUGAUUCCACUUAGGGUUCAUACUGUCCUCAUUUCGACUCAGCAUGAUGAGACUGUGACAAAUGAGCAGAUUGCCAAAGAUCUAAAGGAGCAUGUGAUUAAGCCUGUCAUUCCACCGCAAUAUCUUGAUGAAAAGACAAUCUUCCAUCUUAAUCCUUCAGGUCGCUUUGUUAUUGGCGGUCCACACGGAGAUGCAGGGCUUACCGGUAGGAAGAUAAUCGUUGACACUUAUGGUGGAUGGGGUGCCCAUGGUGGUGGUGCAUUCUCUGGAAAGGAUUCCACAAAGGUCGAUCGGAGUGGUGCAUAUAUAGCAAGGCAGGCUGCAAAGAGUGUAGUAGCUUCAGGGCUUGCUCGACGUUGCCUUGUACAAAUUUCUUAUGCCAUUGGAGUGCCAGAACCAUUAUCUGUAUUUGUGGAUACUUAUCAUACAGGAAAGAUCCCAGAAAAGGACAUAUUGACUUUAAUCAAGGACAACUUUGAUUUCAGGCCAGGCAUGAUUGCCAUCAAUCUCGAUUUGAAAAGAGGAGGCAAGUUCAGGUAUCAGAAAACUGCUGCAUAUGGACAUUUUGGUCGUGACGACCCAGAUUUCACUUGGGAGACUGUUAAGCUUCUCAAACCCGCCAAGGCAUAGAAUCAAAUAUUUGUGUUUGAUGUUCUUCCAUAUUGUUUUUUCAUUUUUUUUUUCUCUUUUUGGCUUGCUUCUUUCCCGUCCCUUUGAAACAGAGUUUUUAAUUUUUAUCUUACUUGUGGUUAUUUAGUUCAUUCAGUUGAGGGCCAUUUUGGAUAAAGCAGGCUAAGAUUUUUUUUUUUUCUUUCUUUCUUUAAAAUAAGAAUUUUGUACUUGAAGUUGAAGGUAACAGCGGCAAUAGUUCUAGUUUUUCUUGAUUAUUCUUCUA